AUGCCGGUGCUUCCUGACAUCACCGAGACGAAACUCGAGGAGAAGAAAGCCAUCGUCAGAGCAUUUCUCACAUUGCACUAUCGUAUCUGUUCUGGGAUUGUCAAGGCAGUUGUGCCAUGGAGCGCCAUCGUACAAAGUCAGGAUGACUUUGUGGCAAGAACGUAUCUUCCGGCGGAUGUGGACUUGAAGGAGCCUUCGAAGUUGCAACAUUGGGACACGACCGCCUUACUGAAUUUCUGGUAUGCUCGGCAGGAGAAAGGCGAAGGUCCAACAUUCCUGUUCAAAGCAUGGAGGAACAGAGAUGGGGACAUGGUAGCCUCGGUUGUAUCCGGAAAUUCACCUUCUCAUCGGACUCGUAAUGCCAGACGAGUUAUGAUCCGAAGGCCUCGGAAUUCGGCGACCGAAACUGACAGUGAUCCCGAGGCCAAUCACGAGAGUGAUCCAGAGAGCAAUCCCGAGGACGACACUCAUCACAUGGAGGAUGAUGCUGAUGAUGACACAGAGGAAGGUAGAUCCCCGCAAAAGAGACCCAGAACAGAGCCUGGUCCUUCGACAGCACAUGAAGGGACAGCGGUCCCACAUGCAAUUCCAAAGCCUCGCCCGGUCAAUGCAGGGAAGACUGGUGCACUGCUGACAUCGCGAAUGGGCGACCUCCUGACUGGGCUGACUGCGAGAGUCACUCGCAAUGUUCAGGAGGAUGGUGCAACCGAACGAGUCAAUAGGUCGCCGGCGCCUGAAGAACAUGCGGGGAAAGAAAGUGGUGAUUGA